AUGAGUCGUAAGGAUAUGUCGGAUUGGAAAAUUCCCAAUAAAAAAGGUGGGUGGAAUGUUGAUAAGGAUGAGAAACAACUUGAAUUGAAGCUUCGUGAUCUUUGGAUUGGCAGUUAUCAUGUUUUUGUUUCUUUGGCUAAGUUUGGAAGGGAGAAUAAUCGUGUGCAUGGGGAGUCACAGGUCCAUGUGCAUACUGUUGGUGGCGGUAGUAAUACUACCCAGAAAGUGACUUAUGCCAAUGCUGUGAAGGGUGGUAUUGUAAAACCGAAUAAAGCUGAGAAGUCGAUUAUUCUUGAGGGUAAGGAUAUUAUUAACGAUUUGGCUGUAAAACCAUCAGUUUUUUGUCAAGUAAGAAGUGUUAGGUUGAUUCCGAAGCUAUUAGUUUUGUUGAAAGAGGAAGGGUUCCAUGACUUACAGAUAAAAUAUUUGGGUGGUGAUUGGGUGCCUGUGGUUAAUGGGUUUAAAGUUGUAGGGAGAGUUGUUUGGAUUGAAAUACUUGGAUUACCAUGUUGUGCAUGGAAUGAUAGUGCAGUGAAUAAGGUGGCAGGUAUUUGGGGUGAAGUGUGCUUCUUGGAUGAUGAUAAUCAAGCUCCAUUGGCGAUUAAAAGAGUUUGUAUCAAAACAGCUCAACCUUUAUUAAUUCAGGAUAAACUGUCUCUGGUGGUUCAAGGAAUUAAGUAUGAUGUAGUGGUUAGAGAAUUGUCAAAUUGGGAACCUGAUAUUCUAUGUAAUGAAGAUGCACUAGAUUGUGAUCUUCCUUCUUUAGCGAGUGAUUCGGAAAAGGAUGUUAAUGAUUUUGAUGAUGGUGUAGUUAAGAAGAAGGAGAAAUGA